AUGGCAUAUUACGUGAUUUUGGAAGGCCACAACCCUGGUGUUUAUAGCUAUCUGUACAAUUGGGAAAAGGAAAUUGAAGGAUACAAAAAUCCUGUAUUUAGAACGUUUGAUAGAGAAACAGACGCCCUUGAAUAUAUGACCAAAGGAGGAGAAGUUCAGAAUGUAUUUGUUGAUGGAGCGAUGUAUAGAAAUUUCUACAGUGAAAAUGCUGGUUUUGGUGUCUAUUAUGGUCCAGGAGAUACUCGUAAUACGUCGCUGCCAGCGAGUUACAACAUUCAAUACGCAGAGUUAGCCGGGCUAGUCCAUACCUUAAAAAAUGUUAAUCAAGAAUUAAUGGAUGGGACUGCCAAACGUCCGGUUAGAAUUCUUACGGAUUCCGAAUAUUCCGUUCCAUGCUUUAACCAAUGGUGCAAUAAAUGGAGAAGAAACGGAUGGAAGACUGCACGGGGUAAUACUAUAGGUAAUGUCAAUUUGCUUCAAGAAAUGGUCAAUUUAAAGGAUCUGAUAAACAGUCAUUAUGCUUCCAAAGGAUGGUCCAAUAUCAAAGUGGUUAAGGUUAAAGGAGUUAAUGGUAACUUAGCAUAUAAGGAAGCGGAUUCAUUGGCUCGCUUGGGUGCAUCUCGGGAUGCACCUUUCGAUGAUUAUGAAGCGGAGUUUGAGUCCUUUUGUGACGAUUCAUCGUAA